AUGGAAAUUUGUAUUUCAGUUCUUGGGAAAGUGUCGGAGUACACAGUGGCACCAGUUUGGCGCCAAUUUAGUUAUCUAAUUCACUACAAGAGCAAUAUUGAGCAUCUUGCCAGCCAAGUUGAGAGGCUGGGAGACAAAACAAAUGGGGUGAGGCUGCGGGUCGAUGCAGCAACCAGGAAUUUGGAGAUAAUAGCUCCUGAAGUUGAGACUUGGUUGCGUGAUGUGAGCAUGACCAUAUUGGAAAAGGAGGCAUGUUUUGAAAAAGAAAGAGUUGCAAAGGCAGGCUGCUUCAAUGGUUGGUGUCUAAAUCUGAAGGCUCGUCAUUCCUUGGGUAGGAAAGCUAAGAAGAUGACUUUGGUGGUGAAUGAGCUCCUUGGAGAUGGCAGUUUCAGGAUGGUAGCCUAUCCCGCUCCUCCCCCGGAGAUUGGGUUUCCAUCAAUGCAACAUUCUGAGGAUUUCACUCUGGCUGUAACAAAUACUGCUCCCCAUGAAGGUGUUGGAUCUUCAAGAAGAUCCAACCUUGAUCCUUCACCAGCACCUAUGGAACUUUAUGAGGGUGUCCAAUCUAGAUUACUACCUUAUACAAAGGAGGUCUUGAGGGCUCUGCAUGAUGACAAUAUCAACAUGAUUGGAAUUAGUGGGAUAAACAUGGAAGGAGAAGAAAUAGUUACAACAGAAGAGUUCAUACAGAGAGUCAAAGAACAGGAUCUAUUUGAAGGUGUUAUGAUGACUGUUGUGUCCCCAAAUCCAGACUUAAAACGGAUGCAAGGAGAAAUAGCAGAAAUGUUAGGACUGAAUUUGGAAAGCGAGAGUUUGGUUGAACGAGCAGAGAUGCUGCGUGCUAGAAUGUCAGCUGAUUCUAAGAGGUACCUCAUAAUAUUGGCUGAUGUAAGCAAAACACUUAAUUUGGAGGAAUUUGGAAUACCUUGUGUUGAUGUUGAUAGCAAAAGGAGAUGCAAGAUCAUAUGGAUGUCACAACUCCCAAAUGUUUUCAGUGACAUGAGAACUCAAAGCAAUUUCAAAUGGUCAUGGGUGUAUCCAUCUGUGGGAGGAUCUAAUGACUUUGAAUCAAGAAACAAUUCAAUCAUCACAGAUGUAAUGCAUGCUCUAACAGAUGAUCAAAUCAAUCCGGUUGUACUAUGUGGAAUGGGCGGUAUAGGCAAGACAACCUUGGUGGAAGAAGUUGGUAAGAGAGCAAAAGCAGACGGUCUAUUCGACGAGGUUACAAUGGCAGUUUUCACCCAAACCGCUGACUUGAGUCGUAUUCAAGAUGAAAUUGCAGAGUUUCUUGGUCUAGAACUUACAGAAAAGGGUUUACGUGGAAGAGCAGAUAAGUUACACAGAAGAUUAUCAGGUACUAAGAGGGUCCUUGUAAUAUUGGACAAUGUUUCUACACAAGUAAAUUUGAAGACAGUUGGAAUUCCAUUUCACUGUGAUAAAAUGAGUUGCAAAUUCUUGGUAACAUCAAGAAACCAGGAUAUAUUCAAUGAUAUGGAAACCAAGAAGAAUUUUCCUAUCGAUGUUUUGACAGAACAAGAAGCAUGGGAUCUAUUUAAGGAGAUGGCAGGCAGUUCCAUUGAAUCUCCUGAGCUAUAUUUCGUAGCACAUGAAGUUAUGAGUAAAUGCGCUGGUCUGCCAAUUGCAAUUACGACUGUUGGAAGGGCACUAAAACAUAAAAGCAAGAAUGUGUGGAACGAUGCACUUAGACAACUAACAAGGGCUUGCCCAGAAAACAUUCCAGGAAUGAUACAAGAAGUGUAUCCCAAAAUAGAGUUGAGUUACGAAUGUUUAGAAAGCCAUGAGGCCAAAGCAUGUUUCUUGCUCUGUUGUUUAUAUCCCGAAGGUUGUAAUAUACCAAUUGAAGAUUUGGUUAGAUAUGGGUGCGGGCUUAAGUUGUUCAAAAGCAUCCACUCAAUGGUAGAAGGAAGAAACAGUGUAGAAACAUUGGUUGGCAUACUCAAAAGUUCUUUUUUGUUGGUAGACAGCAACAAGGAAGGGUGUGUCAGGAUGCAUGAUGUGGUGCGGGAUGCAGCCUUAUCAAUAGCUUCUAAGAGUAGAGAUGUAUUUGUGGUAAGAUACGGGACGGAACUGAAUGGUUGGCCUAACAAUUACGUUUCUGGGCAAUACAUCUCCAGUACACUGAUAACAAAUGAAACUCCUGAGCUUUUAUUGUUGUCAUGUCCAGAUGAAUGUUUAUUGAAACCACUGGCCACUAUUUUAGAAGGAAUGGAAAAUCUCAAGGUUUUAGUUAUGAAGAACACAUUUGUAAUGCCAAUACUGCCAUCACUUCCACUUUUGAAAAACCUUCAGACACUGUGUCUAGAGCAUUGUAAUCUGAAUUUGGACAUCGGACCUGUCAUUGGAGAGCUACGAACACUCAUGACACUCAGCCUACGUGGAUCUUACAUCGAACAAUUACCUGACGAAUGCAAAAAUUUGAUUGAUCUAAGGGUGCUGGAUUUGACAGGAUGCAAUAGUCUUAAAGUAAUUUCAACGGGUGUCAUAUCAAAGUUUUUUCUACUAGAAGAACUGUGCAUGUGGAAUAACUUUGGGCAAUGGGUGGUAGGGGAUCAAACCCCUAUUGUACUAGAUCAACCAUGCAGGGAUCGGGUGGAAGCCCAGUUAGAACAAGAACAAAUAGACAGAUUGGAGGAAGAAUUUCUGGGGUCACGAGAAGAGCACACGAGGUUCGUUGACUGGAUGAUUGAGGAAUAUCAUGAUGAGGAAGCAGAAACUUAUGCAGCAAUUACAGAUUUACUUUUCUUGCUUCACUUGACUACUUUGGAGAUAGUCCUGCCACCAGUUAAAAAUCUGCUGCGUACAUGCAGCUUGUUGUUUAGGGGUCUUGUAAGAUUUCGGAUCUCUAUAGGGAUGAUGGAUAAAAAAUGGGAUGUAAAUCCGUGUGAUAACUACUUGAGACUUCAUGAUCUUGAUGCAGAGUUCUCUCUUGUGGGUAGUGAAAUCACCGGGUUGCUAAAGGAUACUAACACUCUCGAGGUGAAAAUGAAGAAUUUGAAGGACCCUCUGAAUGUCUUAGAUGUAGAGGGUUAUGUAAACUUGAAGUCUCUAACACUCAAUGACUGCGAUGCACUGGAGUAUCUUAUUGAUAUGACACGUUCUCUGGAGAAUGAGGGUCUGGAAUCUCACACACUGGAGUAUCUUGAAGACAAGUAUGGUUCCAUAAGCAGGGUUCCACGCCGGGUCUUUCCUGUCUUGAAUUCACUGAAGAUCAAUGGUGCUCGUAGUCUAAAUGAGAUUUGUUAUGGUCAACUUAGAAUGGGGUCAUUUGAAGAACUAAGACAGUUAGUCUUAUUGAAUCUACCUGUAUUGACGCAUUUGUGGAUGGUACCAACUGAAUUUGAAUGCUUGCCAAAUCUAAGACGGGUUGAAGUGAGUUCAUGUCAUAGUUUGGAAUCUCUCUUCCUAUUGUCAGUAGCUGGCGGUCUGAAGAAACUUGAAGAGCUGGACAUAAGAUAUUGCCAUCACUUGGAAGAGAUUGUUGCCCUGGAAGAAGGAAGGGAGCAUGGGGAAGAAGCCAAUUACAAGAUAAAGUUCCCAAAUCUGAUACGCUUGAAUCUUCGAGAUCUACCAAGCCUAGUUGGAAUCAGCAAAAAUAUAUAUCAGAUGAACUUUCCUCAACUGAUUACAUUGAAGCUCCUACAGCUACCAGAACUCAUCAGUCUCUGUCCUAGUAGUUUGGCACCAGAAAGUAGCUCUACUGCUGUUAUACAACAUUUAUUUGACCCCAAGGUCAGAUCCUUUCGUGCACUACGCCUUAUGGUGGUGGACAACAGUGAAAAACUGACUGGUGUAUUCUCAUCCAAUUUGGUGGACAAUUUAAAGAAUCUUCUACAACUUGAAGUAAUGGAUUGUAGCUCACUGAAAACAGUGUUUGACUUUGAAGGUCUGGAAAUCACAAACAAGCAUGUUACUGCAACACUCUCUUGCUUAGAGAAAAUGGAGUUGACUAAUCUACCCUUGUUGGAAUAUGUCUGGAAGCCACCUCAAAACAUUCUGGCAUUUCAAAACUUAAGAAUGCUCCAAGUUAUGCAGUGUAUGACAUUGAGAUAUGUGUUCCCAGUGUUCAUAGUUGAAGGUCUGGUGAAACUAGAAUCAAUGUACAUAAGUGACUGCGACAUGAUGAGAGACAUUGUGACGCAAAAUGAAGAAAGUGGAGAUGGAGAGGCAACAAACAAAAUUGUUCUUCCUCAAGUUGACUUACCAGUCUUGGAGACCCUAGAAAUCCGUCAAAUGUACAACUUCAAAGGGAUAUGGAACAGCCAACUUCCACCCCACUCCUUCUGUGAACUAAGAGAUCUAAACGUGUCCAAUUGUAGCAGAUUAUUGUGCUUAGUACCAAUGUACAUGCAAACCAGAUUGCAGAAACUAGAGAAGUUAAAUGUGAGAAAUUGCAAUUUACUGGAAGAGAUUUUUGAAUUCAGAGAGUUGCCUGCCAAUGAAGGGCAUGCUGUAACAACUUCACAGUCAAGGGAAGCACCUUCAACUUCCCAGCCUGAAGGAAUGCAAAUAAGCAAGAUGGAUUCGCGGCAAACUCAAGGAUUUCAGAAUCUAACAUCAUUAUAUGUUUCUGACUGUAACAAUUUGAGAAAUCUGGUCUCUCCUUCCAUUGCCAGAGGUCUCCAGAACCUAAAGAAUCUAUCUAUAAGCAACUGCCUGAAGAUAGAAGAAAUAGUCACUACAGAGGUGGUAGAAACAGAGGAUAACGGCAUGCUCCCUCAGCUAAGUUGCUUGGAACUUAGUGAGCUACCGUAUCUCACAAGUUUUUCUCAUGGAAAGUAUGCGUUCAAAUGGCCAUUAGUGGAAAUGAUCAUUGUUGACGAAUGUCCUGAAAUGACGAAUUUCUGUUUAGGAUCUCUUAGGACAGCAAAAGAAGUCAAAAUAAGUAUCAGUGGCGCUGGGGAGAAUCUUUGGCAGGAGCUCAAUGACAGUAGGGAAGAAAGCUGGUCCGCAUUUUUAGAUCCAUAA